GAAAUCAACAUUUCAAUUACAGUUAUAUGCGAAUUUAAUAGCUUGUGUUUCUGGAGGAGAGUGUUCUGUUUAAUCAAUUGCCAAGCAUAGAAAUCUCUUCAAAUUGUGAAUUGAACAUAUGCACAAGUUACUGCAUCCUAACUGCAGCUUUAUUUUCCCCAUCUUUUGCAGAAUGAAUUUGUAACAUCAAGAUGAAUACAAAUGUAUGCAUCUUGGAUCUGGUGAAUAAUCGUAGAAUGAAGAGGUCUGUCCAAUCGUUUGCAACUCUGCAACAGCGGUUCAGUGAUGGUUCCAACCAUCAAUUUUCUGAAGAACAACUGCAAAUUCUUGGAUAUCCAGUCCCUAUCCUGAUCGUAGAAAUGAGUUGAGAAGAAACGAGAUUGAGAAAAACUUCCAGCAGAAAACAAAUCUGGAGUGGCAAAAACAGCUAUAUGACUUCGGCUCUGACAUGGGAGGCAGCCUAUUAGGUGGUUCUGCUUUCAAGGAGCGUGUGAAUCGGAAGAUGCUAUCAAAUCAAUUGCAAAACCUAAACCAGCAUGAAAUAAUUGAUGCUCGUGCUCUUUAUGAAGCAUCUUCCUGUCAACCCAUUCCUAGGACGACGGCAGCUUUUGGGGGAUCUGGAUUUUACAACUUAAAUUCAUCUUACCCUGUGUUUGACUACUCAAUGGCAUCCACUGCUGCCAGUAGCAAAGUCAGAGUCAGUAACAUCGAAAGUUCUCUCCACUUUCAGGAACCUCAAAAUGACACCCAUGCGGCCGUCUCUACAUUAGUUGCUUGUGAUGGCAAGAACAUGUUUUCCUCAGUGGACCUAAAUAAUUUUCCUGACGAGGUUUCUCCUUCUCCCGAGAAGAUCUCAUCUAUCACGGCUUGUUCUGAUGGGGACUUGCAUUCUUAUAAGGAUCAUUUGGAGGGCGGACAAGCUUUUUCUCUCAGUAGUUUGCAGGGAUUCAAGUCAACAUCAGGAAACAAUAUUUUGCAGCACCAUAUUAGUCUGGGUUUAACUCCUAAAACUAACGCUGAAUUUUCUAAAUUUGAAGUGUUUCUAUGCCCAAUUAUCCAAUUCAACUUAUUUUGUCAUGUCAUUGUAUAUAGUAGUAGGAUAAGUCAGGAAACAGUUAUAAUUUCUGAUACGACUAAAUUUCUUCCACAUCUGCCAAUUUCCUGUCACUCUUAGUUUUCCUGAACCUGGUCUGCUCUCUGAAUGACUCCUGAUUAACUGUCUUGGAAAAUCAUUUUGUUCUCUUGGUUGUGUCAGAUAUUUCUUUAUUUCUAUUGCAUCAUUAAACUAAUGGAAUAUUGUGCAGUCAACUUUACCAUCAUACCAUGCAAAAAGUUGACAGUAAACCCUUUGUCUGGUUCCGCUUAAUGAACUGAUUAUGAUUAUGUCAGUGUCGAUUAUGAAAGAAUUAGAAUAUAAUUUC